UUGACUGCCUUGCAGUUGUGUAAACAUGUCUGGUCGUGGGAAAGGCGGUAAGGGUCUUGGAAAGGGUGGCGCUAAGCGCCAUCGUAAGGUCCUACGCGAUAAUAUCCAGGGCAUCACCAAGCCCGCCAUUCGGCGCCUGGCUCGUCGCGGCGGCGUGAAGCGCAUCUCCGGCCUUAUCUACGAGGAGACCCGCGGGGUGCUGAAGGUGUUUCUGGAGAACGUGAUCCGGGACGCCGUCACCUACACCGAGCACGCCAAGCGCAAGACCGUCACCGCCAUGGAUGUGGUCUAUGCCCUCAAGCGCCAGGGACGCACACUGUACGGUUUCGGCGGAUAAGUCGUUUGCUAUUCUAUCCUUUCGCAACAAAAGGCCCUUUUCAGGGCCACCCACAUUCUCCUAUAAAAGAGCGACACUGUUCGGUAUC